AACACAGAAUGACCUCCUUAGCUCGCUGUGUAACUAAUGUAGCACAGCUAUCUGGGUAGACACUGCACAGAAUAAAUGGAUCAAAGUAAACAACAAGAGGACGACUAUGGCUACAAUUUAUUCCCCGAAAGAAAUUCACCCAAGUAUAGAAAAGACUCGAUUGCAGAGAGCUUGUUCACUUUUAACCACAAGUGUCAGGUCAUGCUUCAUCUUGCAAUGGAAACAAGUCCAUAUGCUAAACUUUUGCUGGGAGCAAUGAAAAAUUCAGGGUGCCAGGUGUUUAAAGACAGACAUUUCUCCUGUGAAGACUGCGAUGGAACUGUCAGCGGAGGUUUUGACGCAACAUCGUCGCAGAUAGUCUUGUGCCAGAACAACAUUCACCAGCAGGCUCACAUGAACAGAGUGGUGACCCACGAGCUCAUUCAUGCCUUUGACCACUGCCGAGCACAUGUUGACUGGUUCAAUAAUUUCAAACAUCUUGCCUGCUCAGAGAUUCGUGCAGCUAAUCUCAGUGGGGAUUGCUCUUUCUCCAAUGAGCUUUCCAGGUUUAACUUUGGGCUCAAACAGCACCAUCAGGAGUGUGUUCGUGGGCGGGCCCUGCGCUCCAUCCUGGCCGUGCGGAAGGUGAGUCGCGAGGAGGCGGAGAAAGUUGUGGACGAGGUCUUCGACAGCUGCUUCAACGAUCACGCCCCUUUCGGACGCAUCCCACACAGCAAGAAAGACGCCAAGUUUGCCUAUCGAGAUUUUGAGAACCGGGAUCGGUAUUACGCCAACUUAUAACCAAUGCUGUAAAGCCUAAACCAGUAGGACUGACUGUCUUUAUUCCAUUUGGUGCUUUUGUAGGGUGCAGCUACUGCUACCUUCACCAAGGAGGGUAGUUAUUGUCUAAAGCUAUGAUAAGGAGGCACUGCAUAGCAUCCUCAUCCAUGGAAUUGAUCAGCGGAGUAAAUUAUCCAUUUUAAAUAAAUUAAAAUGGCAAUGAAAGAGAUUUUUUUUUUUAAAUUCACAGUACAUUUUGAGGCUUUUUGAUGUUGUCUAAUGAAAAAGGGACUUUUUUUCCAAGAAGCUGAAAUGUUUGACAAACUAUUUGUCUUUGGUCCUUAUGCUUUAAUGGUAUAAAAUUCAAUGAACCAUGCCUGACAACCUCCGACAAUGAAAGUACUUACAUCUGUCAUGUGGCCUGCACACUACAUUUUCAAUAUUACAUAGUGAGAAUGAGCAGGGUUCACAGGUUAUAGGCCAUGUGUAGGAAGACAUCAGGCCAGAUACUAGUGGUGAUGUGAGCCUGUCCCAUGGUCUCCUCUCCCAGUCUUUCUCUCUUUCCACACUCUUGAGUGAAAUUAAAUUUAUUGUGAAUACAGACCAUUUUAUAGUGUCAACUUGUGUUGGAAUAAAAUGGAUUCCUAUGA